AUGGCCUCCAACGCCCAAGGAUUCGUCAUCGAAGGCGGCAGAUUCAACGAGGUUCAGAACCAAAAUGUCGAUCAUUCCACUAAUUACCAGCUUAAUAUAAGCUUUACAUCUGAGGUUCUUCAUUCCAAAGCUGGGGCCUCAGCCAAUGACUUCGGAUCUCUGCUGAAUCGUGAAGCAUUGGACGAAUUAAUUUCGCAAGCGAACUUGCUCGUCGGACCAGUGAAAAGCAGCAGUUCCUUGACGUCUGAAGGGUCGGAGCGUUCUAUGUCAUCCGAAUCGACGCCGUCUAUCAACGUUUCCACUGUCAACGGCCCGGGAGCCAUCGAACGCCCUGUCGCGGUGCCCAUACCUGAACCACAAGUCAAGGUCAUACAAGAGGUUGAAAAAAGGCUUGCUAUAUAUACGGGCGUAGAUAAAGCGUUGAAAAAGCUCAAUAGAUCGAUCAGCAUCGUCUUGACCCUUACGCCUGCUAUGACUCACGAGUUCGAUACUCCGUGGGCUACGAUUGUUUGGAAGGUCCUGAUAUUCGAAAAAAUAGCUACGAUGCGAAGACAAAUUGACUGGACUAGCCGAACUGGAUUCUGCACUGUCGAAGAGCUCGACGACGGAACGCUGCAACCAGGUGAUCUACGUUCAGUCGUGACGGUGAUUCGGCUCCCACCAUCGUCAGAUUUUCCACUCAAUAAUCUGAGUUAUCAGCCAGGAACAGCGACCAUCUUGCAAACUGUAGAAGGUGACGAAGAGUUUUCUCAGCAAAUGGAAGUACCGUCGGAUGAAAUGCGAGGUGUGUGCAAUUUGACGGGCUUUGAACAGCGAUUGGCCCUGUGCUCCAUCGACCCCAAGAAGCCGAAAUCGAACCAAUUCUCUCCCGUAGUAGAUCUUGCCGUUGGAGAGUUCUUUGCCUGCGGGCCGCCUGUAAUGCUUCAAGCAUUUGCCGUCCCUCCUUCUGAAUACCAGGAACGGCAACCAAUUGAUACUCGCACGCUCCUUCGGCCGCUUUUCGUCAGUGCUGGCACUUCUGCGCCCGAACCCAUCGAUAUCAGCAAAUUAAGCAAGCCGAUCACAUUCUUCCGUCUUUACUCUGAUACAUCUGGUAAAAUAGUGUUGGAAAAGGACAAGUGA